UAUUCCCACAACGCCUGUCGGAGUUGGAAAUCCUAUCUCUCCCGCGGCCGCAGAACCAGUAUUGAAAGAGCGCGAUUGGCUCAUGUGUUCGAGCUUUGGAACGUCAAAUCGUCCAUAUCUUUCUCUUCAAGCCACCCAUUAUCGAUUAUCCUUCGUCUCAAGUCCUGGAUUAUAAGCACGCGAAAGUUCGCCUUCACUGAAGUUAAUCCCCACAUUUUCAUUCUAUCUUGACAGGUUUCAAUCUCGAUUCACUUGGUGUACGUCGCUUUCCGCUCAGUUUACUCCGGAGCUUCAUCUUAUUGGUGAUGACGAGAUGAAACACGAAUACUAUGUAGUGGAGUCUCUUUGAGCCCUUGCCCCGGAUAACUGUAUCGUUGGCGACGGCCGACCAACUAGAGAAGUUGCAAUUUGCAAAUCAACCGAAUAUCCGACCAUCAUCACUCCUUUGCUUGGCUAUUCAAUGGGAGGAUCGUAGGAGUGACAUCCUUUUACUUGGCUGGAUUCACCCGAGGAGGGAUUCAGGUUCAAGUUGGCGUCUAUGCAUUUCCGCUGGAUCACUCUCGUUGUAUGGAAAACUUACGAGCAUCUGUGUUUCUUUGGGAGGAGAUAUAAGGAGGCCAAAUCCCAGCUGGAAAAUCUCCAACCGGCCAACAACCCCCAAAUGCCUUCUAUCGCAGUCCUAGGUCUAUUGGCGCUAUGCAGUACAGUUUCAGCACAACCCGUGCAAGAUUCUCAUGUACCGGUUAUCGACCUAGGCUAUGCGAAAUAUCAGGGUGCCUUCAACGGCAGUACGAACGUGACGAGCUUUCUCGGGAUGCGAUUUGCUGCUGCUCCAAUCGGUGAACUCCGUUGGCGAGCACCUCAGCCACCCCGUAAUGAGUACAACAAGGGUAUUCAGAAGGCUAUCAGUCAGCCACCACAAUGCGCACAAGCCAUGCAAGGCGCUGCCAGUAGGAAUCCAUUCCGGUUGAACACCACCAGUAGUGGUGGAGGUGUGGUUAAACGCCAGGCUGGGGGUCCGGCGCCUACUGACACACCUAUCAGCGAGGAUUGCUUGUUCAUCAAUGUUCAAUAUCCCGGUACCACUAUUCCCAAGGAAAAAUUACCUGUUCUUGUCUACAUUCACGGCGGAGGAUACAUUCUCGGAGGUGCCAACCUGUACGAUGGUUCUUACCUCGUUGAACAAUCCAACCAAGGCGCUGUCAUCGUAGUCAUGCAAUACCGACUCGGUCUCUUCGGUUUCCUCGCCGGCGAUGAGGUCAAAAAGGAUGGAGCACUUAACGCUGGUCUUCUCGACCAAGAUUAUGCACUUCGUUGGGUUAGGAACCACAUCUCCCAAUUCGGAGGCGACCCGGAACGAGUUACACUGUGGGGUAAAUCUGCGGGUGGCGGGUCUGUUCUUCAACAAGUCAUUGCUCACGACGGUAACACCAAACCCCAAUUAUUCCGGGCCGCGAUCACCAGCUCGCCCUACUUGCCUGCGCAAUACAAGUACAACGCCCAAAUUCCCAAGGAACUUUACAAGCAAGUUGUUGAUGCCGUUAACUGUGGAAAUGCACGCGACACUCUCGCAUGUCUCCGAAGAGCAGACACUAAACCCCUCCAAGACAUUAACACAAAAAUCAAUGAGGCUGGGUUUUUCGGAACUUUCACGUUCGUUCCCGUCGUCGAUGGAAAAUUCAUUGUCCAGCAACCUAUCGAGGCUAUGAAACAAGGCAAAGUCAACGGGGAACGCCUAUACGCCGUGUCCAACCUUAACGAAGGAGACAUGUAUGUGGACAACACUACCACACCGUUGAGUGCGGGCGAGUUUGCUGCUCAGCUAUUCCCCUUCCUUGACGACAACACAAUGGCCGAAAUUGACCACAUCUACAACCCUCUGGGUGAUCCUCUCCAACAAAACAGCCUUAUCCUCGGAGAGGCCACCUUCAUCUGCCCCAACUACCACCUAAUGGGCGCUUUCAAAACCCCCUCUUACAAGGCUGAAUUUGCUGUCGUUCCCGCUGGUCACCUGAACGACAUUCCCUUCUGUUUCCCUAGUGCCGAGAUUCUUACGCCUGUCAACUUUAACGAUACCUCCUUCAUUGACGCCUUCGCCCAGUCAUUUGUAUCAUUUGCUUGCCAUCUCGACCCCAACGUUAACAUGACUGAAUCCAUUAUCACACCUCAAUGGGAUGCUUAUCUUCCCGGUAACGUCGAGAUGGUCUUCAACAAGACCCUUGAUAGCAAGCCUGACAUUCACCCUGGAGCGAGUGAUUCAGGUCUUUUGGAGCGCUGCAACUUUUGGAAGUCAAUCAAUUCAAUUACCAACCAAUAGACCACGUACUUGCUUACUUUAAAGUGAAACGAUACGCCGUGUAAUUGCAUUGUAUCUAUCCCCAGGAAUUUUUUAUUUUAAGGUAUUUUGUAUUCUACGCUAUAAUAACAUUUGAUAGAUUCUGUUUAUGUUUCAAGUUGUAUUUUGAAUGAUGCAAUAAUCAUACUUAGUAUUAUUC